AUCAAAUGUUUCUCAGUCAGUUUUUCAUAAAAUUAAGUUAGUUCUUUCUAUUUUUUGCAAAGGAACAUUCGUCGUGUCGAAAAGACUGAAAAAUCUAUCAAAAUGGCUAGUGUAUCCUAUCAAAUAGCGAAUCUUCUCGAGAAGAUGACUUCGAACGACAAGGAUUUUCGGUUUAUGGCAACGAAUGAUUUGAUGACGGAGUUGCAGAAGGAUAGCAUAAAGCUGGAUGAUGACUCUGAGAGAAAAGUUGUGAAGAUGCUUUUGCGGCUGCUCGAGGACAAGAACGGCGAAGUGCAGAAUCUGGCGGUUAAAUGCCUAGGACCACUGGUAAACAAAGUGAAAGAAUACCAAGUGGAGGGCAUUGUAGAGACGCUUUGCGCCAACAUGCUGUCAGAGACGGAGCAGCUGCGAGACAUCAGCAGUAUCGGUCUCAAGACUGUCAUCUCAGAGCUGCCACUUGGCUCCAACACUCUUGCUGCAAAUGUGUGUAAAAAGAUCACAGGAAGACUUAGCAGUGCUAUUGAGAAGCAAGAAGAUGUAUCAGUGCAACUGGAAGCCUUGGAUAUCUUAGCUGACCUACUGAGCAGAUUUGGAGGCCUAUUGAUAUCAUUCCACCCUAUGCUAUUAAACUCCUUGUUGCCACAGCUCGCCUCACCACGUCAGGCGGUCCGCAAACGCACCAUAGUAGCGCUCUCCCACUUGGUGAUGUCAUGCAAUGCGACGCUCUACAACAAGCUGAUCGACCAUCUGCUGGAAGGACUUGCCUCCUCACCCUCUCCCAGCGUCAGCCGCACUCACAUACAGUGCAUUGCUUCUGUCUGCCGCCAAGCAGGACAUAGGUUCGGCGAGCAGUUGUGGCGCGUGGCGCCUCAAGUGCUCGAGCAUUCGACCAAUCCCGACGAGGAGCUACGCGAGCAUUGCCUGCAAGCGCUCGAAGCCUUCGUACUCAAGUGCCCUAAGGAGGUCCAGCCGCAUAUUCCUACCAUCAUUGAACUUUGCCUGAAAAUGGUAACGUACGAUCCUAACUACAACUACGAGGACGAGGAAGCCGGCGCGGGUGGUGAGGACGAAGAUAUGGAGGACGAAUCGUUCGCGCCUGACGCUGAGCCUGACUCCGACUCCGAGGAGUAUUCUGACGACGAUGACAUGUCUUGGAAGGUGCGACGUGCCGCAGCCAAAUGUUUGGAAUCAGUCAUUACGACUCGCCACGAACUGCUUGUAGAUAUGUACCAAACCGUAUCUCCAGCUCUUAUCGCCAGAUUUAAAGAACGUGAAGAAAACGUAAAAUGCGACAUUCUUAGUGCGUACACUGCUCUACUGCGCGCGACUCGUCCCCCUCCUUCGCUGCAGAUGCCCAUGGCGCCUUCCGAAAACUCGCCACAGGCUCUGCUUAUUCAGAGGGUGCCGGGGAUAGUGCGCGGGGCGCUGCGCGUGAUCCGCGGACGCUCGGUGCGCGCGCGCGGUGCGGCGUUGGCAUUACUGCGCGAGCUGCUGGCCGCCGCGCCCGGCUGCCUCACCGACCACGCCGACCGCGUCAUUCGCGCACUCACACCCGCGCUCACUGAUAAAAGCACAGCUUCGUCGAUGAAAAUCGAGACCCUAGUUUUCGUAGUAUGUCUCCUUCGCGGUCACCCUGCGGCAGUAAUGCGAAAACAUGUUGCGGCCUUAGCUCCUGCAGUACUGGCCUGUGUACACGACCCCUUCUACAAGGUCACUGCCGAGGCGCUGAGGGUGCUGCAGACGCUCGUCAAGGUCAUCAGGCCUCUAGAUAACGUAACAAUAUCGGAAGGCGAAGACAUUCUAGUGGAACCCCCACCUGAAGACUUACAACGUUUCAUACCGGAAAUGUACCAAUGCACAUUAGUACGGCUGCGUGCUACGGACAUGGACCAGGAGGUGAAGGAGCGAGCCAUUGCCGCCUGUGGACAAUUAUUGUGUCAUUUUGGGGACUUCUUGAAGACUGAACUUCCAGUAUGUCUUCCAAUAUUCCUGGAAAGACUUCGCAACGAAAUCACCCGACUGACUACUGUGAAAUCGCUCACAAAAGUCGCUUCUUCGCCACUAAGGAUCGAUCUGACUCCUAUUUUGUCGGACGCAAUUCCAAUACUCGGAUCUUUUUUGAGGAAGAAUCAGAGAGCCUUGAAACUGUCCACUUUGGUGUUGUUGGAUACCUUAGUGCAGAAUUAUAGCGACACUAUCAGCAUUGAGCUGCUUAGCAAGGUACUAAUGGAGGUGCCACCAUUAGUAUGCGAGUCAGACCUUCACUGUGCGCAAACAGCGUUGACACUGGUCCGCGGCGCCUGUCUUCGCUGCCCUGCAGCACUCACCGAUGACGCACGGGCAGCCCUUACGCCUAACAUACUAGCACUCGCUAAGUCGCCACUACUCCAAGGAGGGGCGCUAAAGGCAAUGCUGGGCGUACUAAGCGCAUUGGUGUCUGCUGACGUGGCGGGUUGUUCUCGCCGCGAAUUACUGGCACUGCUGGUUGCGCCUGUGCACCGCAGCCAUGAGCACAACGCCACCGCGCACCACAUGAAACAGGCUUUUCAUUCGCUGGCGAAGUGCGUGGGCGCAGUGGUGAUGGAGGGCGGCGAAGACGCAUUAGAGGUGGUUCGCGACUUUUUGCGUGAUGCGCACACGCCGCCUUCGGAUGCUCAUCACAUGUUCGCGCUUCUCGCUCUCGCUGAGAUCGGCAGGCAUCUAGACCUCAGUUCAAUCCCUAACUUGAAAGAAGUGCUUCUAAACUCGUUUACUCCGUCGUCAGAGGAGAUAAAGUCAGCUGCUAGCUACGCGCUCGGCUCAGUGGCUGUAGGCAACCUUCCUAAGUUUCUACCGUUCAUUCUUGGAGAAAUUGAAGCUCAACCAAAACGACAAUAUCUGCUUCUUCAUUCCCUGCGGGAGAUAAUCUCAUGCGAAUCUUGCACGCCGGAGGGCGUAGCGGCGCUUAGGCCGUUUAUCCCAGAAAUUUGGGUACAGCUGUCUAAACAUUGUCAAUGUGUGGAGGAAGGAUCUCGUAAUGUUGUUGCAGAAUGUCUAGGAAAACUGUGUCUUCUGGAGCCACAGACCCUCUUGCCGCAUAUAAAGGAAUUCUUGAGGUCUCCCGAGCCCCUAACGCGAACAACUGCUGUCACCGCUGUCAAAUUCACCAUUUCAGAUCAGCCGCAAGCGAUCGAUCCGCUCCUGCGCAGCUGUAUGUCGGAGUUGCUGGUGCCACUGCGCGAUCCUGAACUGGGUGUGCGGCGCGUGGCACUGGUGGCGUUCAACUCCGCUGCACACAACAAGCCGUCGCUUAUCCGCGGCCUGCUGCCACAAGUGCUGCCCACCAUCUACGCCGAAACCAAAGUCAAGAAAGAGCUAAUCCGCGAAGUAGAAAUGGGACCAUUCAAGCACUCAGUUGACGACGGCCUUGACCUGCGAAAGGCAGCGUUUGAAUGCAUGUACACUCUCUUGGGCACUUGUUUGGACCGCUUGGAUGUGUUCGAGUUCCUGAGGCACGUAGAAGAUGGACUUCGUGAUCACUAUGAUAUUAAAAUGCUGACUUACCUCAUGUGUGCGCGAUUGGCGCAACUUUGUCCGGCUGUUGUUUUGCAAAGGCUAGAAAGUUUGGUGGAGCCCCUAAGAGCUACGUGUACGAUGAAGGUGAAGGCCAAUUCCGUGAAACAAGAGUACGAGAAACAAGACGAGCUCAAACGGUCGGCCCUACGUGCCGCCGCGGCUCUGCUGCAAAUACCUGAAGCCGAAAAGAACCCCCAUCUGAUGGACUUCGUGACACAAAUCAAGUCGUUCCCCGACCUUCAGCCCAUUUUCGAAUCGAUCCUCAAGGAUUCGUCCGCUGGCAGCGGUGUAGACUCCAACCUUAUGGAUCAAAGUUAGCCACCUCGACGACACACGAAUACAUCGAGUCUGCAUUUCUUUUCAUUCUCGCGCGCGACACGAGGUUAUCCAUAUUUUUAUUAACAUUUUCUUUUGUUGUUUGAUUUUGUUUAAAAAAAAACCACUAUAAUUUGCGAGCAAAUUGUAAA